CGGGCGCCGUCACUAAAUGGUGCAGCAAGGCAGCGCACGCGUGCUACCACAGUACGCGAGACGGUACAUGUGAAAUACCUGAGCUGCGUAUGUGGACAAGUAAAGCCAGUGGUCACAGAAGAAUAAAUACGGACCAAUUCACCUCAUUCAGCCAAUGUAGCAGCUUAGCGUAAAGGACCGGACAAAGUCUGAGGGGGAACGGCGACGAACGGAGGCUAGAGCGGGAAAAGUAGCGCCUAUGACAGCCUCCCUGGUCCUAAACCCUCGCUGGCCAGCGGAAACGGUUAUGUUUGUGUAUGAUAACAACCUGGACGACCUGAACAAGAACAUGGAGGGUCUGGUGGGAAGCGGCAACUUCGCUGCGGCCACAGCGGCGAGCCAGUGUCGCAACAUUAUGGCGCACUCGGCGGCCGCCGCUGCUCUGGGUGGCCACCCGUCCGGCCUGGUGCACUCUUCAGCCGGCUAUUCCACGGUGGACGUGUCGGCUUCAGGCUCCAGCGAGACCGGCGCGUCCUCUGGGAAGCAGUGCGCGGCCGGACCGUGUCCAGCAGCCGCCGUGCCGCACCAGAGCUCAUCCGCCGCCACCGCGUUGCCGUACAGCUACUUCGGCAACGGCUACUACCCAUGCAGGAUGGGGCGGGGUUCUCUGAAGUCAUGCACUCAGGCGGCCGGAGCCGCGCUCAGCUCGCAGUACAUGGACACGACGGUGAGCUCCGACGAAUACCCGAACCACCGGGCCAAGGAGUUCGCCUUUUAUCACAGCUACCCGAGCCCAUACCAGUCCAUGGCCAGUUACCUGGACGUGUCGGUGGUCCAAACGCUGGGCACCGGGGAGCCGCGCCACGACACCCUGCUCCCCAUGGACAGCUACCAGCCCUGGGCUCUGACCAACAGUUGGGGGGGACAGAUGUACUGCUCCAAGGACCAGGGGCAGGCCGGGCACCUCUGGAAGUCCGCUCUGGCAGAUGUGGUGGCACACCAGCACGACGGCUCGCCUUUCCGCCGAGGCAGGAAGAAGCGGAUACCCUACACCAAGGUCCAGCUCAAGGAGCUGGAGAAAGAGUACGCUGCCAACAAAUUCAUCACCAAGGACAAGAGGAGGAAGAUCUCGGCCGUGACCAACCUGUCAGAGCGACAGAUCACCAUCUGGUUCCAGAACAGGAGGGUGAAAGAGAAGAAGUUCGUGGCCAAAGUGAAGAGCAGCGCGCCGUAGCGUAUAGGUUCCUGCUGGAUGGUUUAGUGAAGGAACUGGCUGUAUUAGCGUGCUAUACAUUAAAAAUGACCUGAGUGAAAAGACAAAAAUUGAGAAAAAUAAAGAAACUCGACGUGGUACUCCUGGAAGACUAGGACUGUGCGUGCCCCUGUGCGUCAAAACAUGGAAGAAAAAAGACUAA